GUGUUCAGGUGUUUCGAGCGACGGGCAGAGCGUUUGUCAUAUUGAACCAUCAGUGCACAAAACCGGGUUGUAAGCAGCACAAGGGGAGCCCCGACCGAAACCACGUGAUCAAAUGCGGAAAUCGCCGGAUAGAGAAAGUGCAGCGGAGAAAAGAGGGGAGUGGAGGUUCGUGUUUUGAGGCGCUGGUGCUUUUACUAGCUGCACUCCCCUGCUCCAAACAGCACCUGCACACACACACACAGACACACAGACAGACGACCACGGUUUCUGCUGUCUCUACAGGUUGAUGUACGACUUUCUCGUGCCGUGGAUGAAGUAAGGGUCGUUCUGAGGUCACGCUGCUGAGAUGACAAGGCUGUGACAGUGUGUGUCCAAGUGUGUCUGUACUGGACCAAUUCCUGUGACAUGGCUGCUGCUAAGAAGAGUUGUGCGAAGGCAGGAGGCGUGCGCUUCUCAGAGGAACCCCCCGCCGCCGGCGCCCCGUCGCACGUUCACUUCGAUGAAAAGCUGCAUGACUCUGUUGUCAUGGUGACCCCAGAGGACGACGGCAACUUCAUGGUCAAGGUUGGCUUCCUGAAGACGCAGCACCGAUAUGAAAUCAUGUUCAACUUGCCCGACGUCCCGGCGCUGGGGAAGGAUGUGUGUCCAGCGCCUGUACCCAGUCCACACCUGCGGAUCACCGAUAUCACACCGGCACCAGAGGGAGGUCUGAAGGUAACGUGCGAGUACAUGGCCCAGCAGGAGGGAGUUCUGUGCGAGGAAGUGCUGCUGCUGAGCGAGACCAACGAGGACGUCUGUGUCAAGGUCAAAGUUCACGCCAGAGUCAUGGAUCGUCACCACGGCACACCCAUGCUGCUGGAGGGAGUCCGCUGCAUCGGGGUGGAGCUGGAGUACGACUCCGAACAGAGUGACUGGCAAGGAUUCGACUGAAUCUCAAGUCACAAAUAGUCAAGUACACAAAACACACACACACACACACGAAUACACUUUCACCACCGACAUCGACAGCAUCCGAACGGACAUUUUUGUCACGUUGCUACGUCUUUUCUGCAGCUCCUCCAACUUUCCCUCCGUUCACCCUGACCUGCCGUUCUCUGCCGUUCAUCUGUGUUUUCCUUGCUGAACCUCUGGAGGGCAACAGUGCUCUUCACAACCAGUGCAGCCUCAGAUCCCCUCUCACACUGCCUCUUGUUCACUGUUUUCCUGAUGUGCACAAUGUGCGAACUUACUCCAACAUGAAUUAACAGUUGUGAGGGUGUAAAUAAGGCCUCGUUUUGUAAUUAAUUCAAAACAGCUUGAGAUUGACGCUGAAGGAAGGAACAAAUCUGCAGAAUUCAGGGAGGUGCAGCUGAACGGAGAGGCAGUGCUGAGACUGUAAUGUCUCUGUUUCACCAUAGGGGGGCACUGCAGACCGCCGUAUGAAAUGCUCAUGAAUCUGAAGGCUUUGCUUGCUCACGAUUCUCCAUUUAAAGGAAAAAUCCAACUUUGACAUUCUUAAGCAUUCAUGCAAUUAAAGUCUGUCAGGUUCAAACAUUUCAGGCGUUGUAAUGGACAUUUCUAUUGUACUUCACCUCAACCUGCUCUGACUACUUCUGCUUAGGCUUUAUGUUGUUGUCUCUUUUUUUUUCCCCAGACUGCCUUUUAGUCAAUCCCAAAGAGUGGGUGUGAAGUUCAGUAGGUGUAUGUGAUGAUAUCAUUUGCACCUGCAAAAAAAAUGUAGGGAGGUGUUUUCUUGUCAUGGAGAAAAACAGAAAAUGAUGCUGGAGUUUUCCUGCAUAGAGCUUGAAAAAUAGUGCAUCAAUCUUUUAUUGUGAAGAAGUGACACCGAAAUCUGAGGUCGACUCUUGAUGUUUUCAAUCACUGAUUCAGAAAUUUUCUACCGCUAAAAUGUCUUUGUCGUCGUGCUGUUAUGUUGGGGCACUUUCCACACAAUUUUUAAAAAAACUGCAUAACAAAACAACAAAAUUGGCUCAGAAAUGCAAUGCAUGCAUGUUUUUAAGGGCGUUAAAUGGAUCUCAAAUUAUUGGUCAAUCAACAGAAAAUUAAUCCGCAGCUAUUUUGAUAAUUGAUUAAUCAUUAAUGACAUUUUUCAAGUCAAACAUUCUCUGAUUUUCUACAUUUUUCUGUUUUAUAUCAUUGCAAAUUGAAUCUCUUUGGGUUCGCAGUGUUGGUCGGACAGAAUCAUACAUUUGAACACAUCACCUUGGUCUCUGGGAAAAAUCGGAUCCACAUUUUUCCAAUACUUUCUGACAUUUGAUGGAGCAAAUUUUUAAUCCAUUAAUCAAGACGAUAAUCUUUAGAUCAGCCAUGAAAAUAAUCUUUGGUUGUAGCCGCAGCUUCAAAGUGUUUUGGGUGGAUUUUUCCUUUAAGAAAAAAAGCCCUUGCUGCCAGUCCAGUAAGGUUUGGGGCGUAUUAACAUUCAGUUCCUUUUGUUUAAAUUCAUGAAGCCUUCAGAAAGACACACGUGACGUAAGUGCCUUCCAUUAAACUGUCCUGUUUCUCACUUUAUUUGAGCCUGAUGUUGUUUUUCCAUCUACCGUACGUCCUCAUCACACAUCUGGACUCAUCACCGGGCGAACACAUGGACCGGAAGUGAAGUGAGUGUCGAGACCGUAUGUGAUCAAACAAGGGGAAAUUUUAAAAACAAAAGAGUGUGUGGGUUCAGAGAGAAGUGUUGCCGUUUACAGUCCAGCCUGUUUCAGUGUUUAAUCCCACGACAUCCACCAGUUUGCCUCAGUCAGGCCUUUGACUCUCAGUCCCGUCGCUCUUAUCACAGCACGAGUGCAGAUCAGAGAGAGUCGUUCAAAACGAACUGUCGGCUCUGCCUCAUUUACAUUUUUUUGUUACAUUUUAAAAGAGCGAGUGCCAUGAUCUGGCUGCACUGCCACCUUCCCGCUUCUUUCUCUUCUUCCUUCUUCUGAAUCGCAUUUCAUUGUUUGUUUUUUCUUCUGUUUGUACCCCAUUGAAUGCAUUCAGCCUUAAAGGAAACGACUCUGUGUGUGAUUUCUCUACAUGUUAGACCACAGGCUGUUGGUGUAGUACAGGAUAAACAGAUUUAUUUGAUGUUUGCUUGCACGUAAUAGGUCAAAAAAAAUCUGGUUUGCUCCCUCUUAGUGUGAAAGUACAGUGCUCAGUAGGUUCCUGUUUGAAGAAUGUCACAGUUUAUUUGUUGGUAUCUGCUCCCUGUGCGUGUGAUUUGUAUUUUUAAUGUCAAAAAUGAAUAAAAAAUGUGUGUAUGUUUGA